UCGAAUAUUCUUCCCGAGAUGGACACUGUCUCUAAUUUGUAAUUUCAAAAGUCUUUGUUCUUUGUUUACCUCAUACUUUGAUGUUAGAUGUAAAGUGUUGAGAAAGAUUGAGGUUAGAAAGAUCUUUAGUUUGAGGUUUGGUUGUCAGGUCUUGAUAUUCAUUAUUUCUUUAGAAGAAUGGAUAAACAUGAGGAAACAAGUACGUGGUUAAAGUUUUUUAAAGAUGCAGGUAUUCCAACAAAAACUGGAGCUUCGUACGCCCUUAUCUUUACUGAAAACAGAAUACACAAGGAUAUGUUGUCGGACCUGACUGUAGAUUACCUGCGUCUGAUGGGAAUUACAUUGAUGGGAGAUAUUAUUGCCAUUCUUCGACACUCAAAAUCUGUACAUCAAGAUAGUUUGAGAAAGGUAGUGAUCCUGCAGAGCAAAGAUGAUACAAAGGCAGCAUUAACUAAGAGACAUGACAGUUCUAGCGAUGUUUCUAGUGAUGAUGAUGAUGAUGAUGUUGAAAUGGUUGAAGUUACCAAACCUCCCAAUAAAAAGGUUCCAUUAUCCUCAGCAAAAGUUGUGAAUGUGAAAGAGAAGUCACCACCUCGCCCAGAGACCAAGCAAGUAAGAAGUAAGGUGAUCGGGAAAAUUCCUGCAAUUAAGUCAGUUGAAGUAAGUGAGAAGAAAAUUCCAGUUCAACCAAAGAGAAAGUAUUCCAGUGAAAGUGAACCUGACACUAAAGAAACACCAGCUGUAGUGAAAACCAGCAUUGCAACUAAUACUUCUACAAACUCUGGAAAAAGUAUUUUAAAAGCUUCAUCAUCAGCAGCAAAAAAAAUCCGUGUUAUCACUGACAACGAUAUUAUUGGACCAAAGUUGCCACCCCCGAAGAAGACUGUAUUUGAGAGAUUAGGGGCAGAGACAGGGUUCACCCCAGGUGUCCAGCACCACGGAGGUGCCCAGGGUAGAACUGCCCGUGGAGACAACAUUCACAAGAAUAAUCGGCAACGUUAGCCUACCUAUCAAGCGAGCGAAAAUUGUCCAAGAAGUAGACAACCACUCUUCAAAAGAGACGUCUAGUUCUGUAUUUGCCCGACUUGGAAAUUCAACUGCCAAACCCAAUUCUGCUCUUCAGUAUGUGGGAGUUUUUAAGAACUCACCUCCUCCUAAGAAACCUACAUUCAAUGUUCUUAAAAAAGUGGGAACAAUGAGGGCAGAUGAGCCUGAAAUCCCUGUUAAGCUGAGAGCAGCAGUCAACUCUUCUGCUGGCAAAAGGUUGAAGGUGUCAGUUGGAGAAUCGAAUUUAAAAAAUCGACUCAAGCAUCAACUGACAAGCAAAAAAGUGAACCUACCAAAAGG